GAAACCGUCCCGGUUAUAAAUUUGCUUCCCCGUCUUCUUCUUUCUUCUUAUCUCUCCGCCUUCCCCAAAUCGAUCUCGAUUUCUCUGCAGCGACUCCCGAUCUCUCUCCCACGCCGCCGACUGCCUUCGCGGGAGUAGCAACAUGUCGGACGCUGAUGAGUACCGUUGCUUCGUCGGGAGCCUUUCGUGGUCCACAACUGAUGUGGAUCUCAAGGACGCGUUUGGGAAAUUUGGCCGUGUUACUGAGACCAAGGUUGUUCUUGACAAGUACUCUGGCCGAUCACGUGGCUUUGGAUUUGUUACUUUUGAUGACAAGAAGGCCAUGGAAGAAGCUGUGGAGGCUAUGAAUGGAAUUGAUCUGGAUGGAAGGAAUAUUACUGUUGAAAGAGCACAGCCUCAAGGUUCAGGCAGGGACCGUGAUGGAGACUACCGUGGUGGUGGUGGUGACUAUGGACGCGACCGUGGCCGUGAUUUUGGUGGCGGUCGUGGUGGUGGGGGUCGCGGCGGCGGUGGAGAUUGCUACAAAUGUGGCAAGCCUGGCCAUUUCGCCAGGGAGUGCCCUUCUGGUGAUGGUGGGGACAGGUACGGUAGCAGGGAUGACAGGUAUGGUGGCAGGGAUGACAGGUACGGUGGCAGGGAUAGUGGUAGGGAUGACAGGUAUGGUGGUAGCAAUGGCAGCAGCCGCUAUGGACCUGACCGUGGUGGCGAUCGCUAUUCUGGGAGCCGUGAUGGUGGAAGCCGCAGUGGUGGUGGUGGUGGUGGUGAUCGAUACAGCCGUGACAGGUCUGGACCGUAUGAACGUCGUAGCCGAGAUGGAUACUGAUCUCGAUUGGUGAUUCUGUCUCAGGUAUGAAAGCAAUUUGGUAAAACUUAAAGUGGUAUGUUUGCUUUAUUAUCACAUAUAAUGCAGCAAAUCGUUUGCUGUUGUGUACUCUUAUGAGAAGUUUGAUGCUGUCAUUACCUGUGCUGACUAGUGCGUGGUUUGCCCAAUGUUCUUAUCUGGAUCUGGCUUGUAACCGGUUCCUCGGGAGCUGCAGUGGAUUGCGUUAUUUCUGUCUGAAUUAUAUUUGGGGUCCAUGUUUCUGUGUUGCUCUGAUGGUAAAAAUCCUGUCAUGGUACUGGCCCUGGUUUCUGUUCUUGUAUUACAUCACUCGUGGUUUUCAUUGGAAGUACGGUCUCGGUGUCAAGGAUGUUGAAGAAUUACAAAUCGUUAUUUAGUCUCACUGAGGUCUUGAGGGGGAGAAUCAACAUUCUAUACCGGGGGUAACCAUCUCCUUAAAAUUUCCUUCAGAAACUUGAACAAGGAAAAAAAGGGCAUUUGGCCUUUGUGUUCCUAUUGGUCUGCAUGGCUUAGUGCUAAUAUUUUGCUAUUCAACGUCAUCCUCGCUUGUACUGUUCUGUGGCACUCCUGCUCUCAGUUAGACGAGAUCCCUGAAACUCUUGAUUCAUUGGUUAAAGUGGACCUGACCUGCUUUGAAGUUUCCUUUGUUGGGUUCUGGUCUUUGUUGUCUCUUGAGAACUGUCACUGGGAGGAUCCAAUAGCUCCGUGUCAUCUUCUUUAUUUCACGGGUUGCUGCCAUGGAUCACCUACUUUGUUCAGCCUGUUGGGUCUGGUACCAUGUCCGCUGUUACCUUGAGUACCUGGAAAAGAUGCAUAGGCUCUCUUACCUUCAUUUCUGAUGCAAUCCAAGUCUUGAGGGUCCUUAAGAAAGUUCUAGAGUCUCCAUUGUGCAGGUUUAUCCUCUGUUGCCAAGUUCUUGAAAGGAGGAAACUGUUUUCUUGUCAGUAAAAGUCGCCUGUUUCUCUUGCCAAGCCGCACAAUUUUGUCUCUCAUGCACUAUUGUUCUAGUUUGGCAGCGAAAUAUGGGUGAUGGGCUCCUGACCUCCUGUUAUUGGUCGCAGGAUGGUAGUCCACAUUUUUGGAGGGUCUACAUUUUCCUUAUUUUGACUGCAUUUCCUUCUCUUUUAGUGGAGCAAGCUCCCAAGUUUCUUUAAGAAGCCUGAUGCAUUUUAACAUUUGUGACAUUUUGUGUAUGAUGAAAUUGUUACUGUCUUUGGUUUGUACAAAUGGAUGUGAUAUGCUUGAUUAUC